CCUAUGAGCCGCUUUAGGCAGUCGAAGCUAGCCCCCCGGCUAAAUUAGGCAAUGAACAUUGGAUCCCCUACAACAUAAGGCUCACAUUUACCCCUCCUCGCCUCCGCGCAGCGUUAGACAGGAAUAAUGAGCCCCCAGAGGUAUUAGGCAGCUGCACCUCCCCAUUCCCCACUCCCCACCUCCCCAGCCCGUCAGCAGCCCAGCCUCCGAUCUGCCCAAUUUCUCGUUGACAUCCAAAAAAAAGCGCGGUGACGCAUAGAAUCGAUUCUGAGCGCCACAGAAUGCGAAAAGUGGCUCAGCUCUCGGCUCGCUGGUACACUCCCUCCCAAAACAUGCUGUGGCAGCCAGGAGCUGAGUAAAGAGCGAGGGACAGGAAGGGAGGAGACAGAGAACGAGCGAGAAAGAAGCGGCUAAAUUCGGCGAUCGCUACAGUCGCCCAGGGAGAGACUACCAGUGGAAGGAAGAUUCCCCUUUCUCUAAAAUACAACCAGGGGCCGCUUGGAAAUAAGGAAACGAGGAUGUUGCCCCUUGGCCUGGGGAACUCCGGCGUCCUGUGGGUGCUCCACGCAUUUUUACUGCUGGGAAUCCAAACCCGAGCGCAAGAUGCUGUUUGGCAAGAAGGCAUCGUUGCCAUAACCUCAUCCCCCCAGCUGGAGAGAGGUCAAACAGUUCAAGGCAUUGAUGCAAGUGAUGGAGAGCAAGAGUCCACUGAAUCGCUCAGCACCGGCCACGCCCAGGCCAACUUGGUCAAUGCAGUCAUGCGGAAGGAUGACCUCCUGCUGCGCCAAGGGGCACUGCUUCUGCCCUCUUCCAAGCCCACCGGAAUAACCAUCCCACCUCCCCCACAAAGGCGCCAGCUUCCUUCUCUCAGGCAGGUGGAGGCCCUACGCAGACGCCUGAGUGCCAAAGGAGGGCCAACUGGGAUACUCGACUCACCUCCGGUGACCGCAGGCCCACCAUCGUCAAGGGCUCUCCCUUCUUACUCAACCCCGCACUCUCCGUCCUCCGUCCCUGAGUUGGUGACAGAGAAGCCAGGGGUUCCUGAAGAUCCGUCGGGCAUCAGCUCGGAAGCUCCUCCUGCCGGCCUAGGCAGGCACACUAAAUCGCCGAGCCCCACCCGUGAUGGCACCACUCCAUGGCCGCAUAUUCAGUUGGGGGCCCAUGUCACAGGUCCGCCCGACCUUGAGGGUGUCCGUCCCAGUUUGGAGGCAACGCCCAGCUCCAGCAAGGACCGCUCACCAGAUCAGACAGUCGUCCCCCUUGUUGCCCGUCAGACCCCAACGACAGGUACCGACCUUUCCCGGAAGGAUUCUGAACUGGCAGCAGUGACUCAAGAAGACAAAGAUACAACAACAACCACCGUAGUGACAACUACUAUCAUCACCACCCCACAGACAGCAGUUCCAUGCAGCGUCAGUUUCUCAGACUCAGAGGGGUACAUCGACUCCACGGAUUUUCUUCCAUUAUCUGCGUACGGCUCCCUGCAGUGUACGUUCAACGUGACUGUCUUCAAUGGAUAUGGAGUAGAACUACAGGUUAAAACGCUGAACCUCUCUGAGGGUGAACAGCUCUCCAUCCGUGGAUUAGAAGAGGACAACUGGAUUGUUUUAGCCAACCAAAUGCUUCUAGUUGAAGGCCAGGUUAUCCGCAGCCCAACAAAUACCAUUUCAGUGCAUUUCCGCUCAUUCCAAUAUGGAGGAAUUGGAACAUUCCAACUCCAUUAUCAGGUUUACAUGCUGAGCUGCGACUUUCCCCGGAGGCCAGAUUAUGGUGACGUCUCUGUGUUGGAUCUACAUGCUGAUGGCACUGCACUCUUCCGUUGUAACUCUGGUUACCAGCUGCAGGGACUGCGAACUCUGACCUGUAUGAAUGCUUCCAAGCCACACUGGAAUGCCAAGGAGCCAACCUGUCUAGCACCCUGUGGUGGGUUUAUAUCCAAUGCUACCAUUGGUAGAGUACUGUCACCCAAUUAUCCUGCAAACUACAGCAACAACUUAAACUGCACUUGGAUAAUUGAAGGUGCAAAAGGCCAGAAGUUCCAUAUGCACUUUGAAAAGGUUUCUCUGGCUGGUCAGGGGGACAGACUGAUCAUCUACAGUGGAGAGGAAGCCUUCUCAUCGGCUCUGUAUGACUCUUGGAAGAAUGAGUACUUCCCUCUGGAAGGGUUGAUCAGUAAUGAGCCAUUUGUUCGGAUUGAGUUCACUUCCGAUGGAACCAAGACAGCAGGGGGAUUCAACAUUCGAUAUGAAGCUUUUGAGCGUGGACAUUGCUUCGAGCCUUACAUGCAGAAUGGGAACUUCACAGUCACCAAUCCUUCCUACAGUGUCGGCUCAGUGGUGGAGUUCACAUGUGACCCAGGUUACACAAUGGAACAUGGAUCGUCUGUAAUCGAGUGUAUUGACAUCAGAGAGCCAUACUGGAAUGAGACUGAACCACUUUGCAGAGCGGUUUGUGGUGGGGAGUUGUCAAGCCCUGCAGGAGUGAUUCUCUCUCCGAAUUGGCCUGACCCCUACGAUGAAGGCGAGGACUGCAUCUGGAGAAUUCAUGUUGGGGAGGACAAGAGAGUUUUCCUCGAUGUUCAGCUCCUGAACCUCACUAACAGCGACAUUUUAUCCUUAUAUGAUGGAGAUGACUUAACUGUGAGGAUUCUUGGACAAUAUGUUGGAAGCAAUGCCCCAUUGAAAGUAUACUCCACGACUUCCGACCUUACAGUCAGAUUUCAUUCAGAUCCUGCUGGCUUGAUUUUCGGAAAGGGACAAGGAUUUAUCAUGAAUUAUUAUGAGGUUUCACGGAACGACACCUGCUCAGAUCUUCCAGAGAUUCCCAAUGGCUGGAAAACAACUCCUCACAGAGAAAUGGUCCGUGGCACCAUGAUAACCUAUCAGUGUGACCCAGGAUACGACAUCUUAGGAAGUGACACCGUGACUUGCCAGUGGGAUCUCACAUGGAGCAGCGAUCCCCCAUUCUGUGAAAAAAUUAUGUACUGCACAGACCCCGGGGAAGUCAAACAUGCCGGUCGCUCCAUUUCUGAUACCAAGCUGCUGGUGGGGUCCACGAUACAAUUCAGCUGUGACCCAGGCUUCAUACUGGAUGGAAAUGCACUGAUAACCUGCUACAGCCGUGAGACUGGUACCCCACAAUGGACCUCCAGACUUCCCUAUUGUGCACCGGAGGAGUCAGUGGCAUGUGAGAACCCUGGACUACCUGAAAAUGGUUACCAGAUUCUCUACAAGCGGUUGUACCUGCCAGGGGAGACACUGACAUUUAUGUGUUACGAAGGGUUUGAGCUGGUCGGGGAGGUCACCAUCCGAUGCAUCAUAGCUCACCCAUCUCACUGGAGUGGGCCACUGCCUCUGUGUAAAGCCACACAGUAUGGCUUUGAACACUCAUUGGAAGUAGCAGAAACAGCUGUGGAGACAUCAAUGGAAGGCGGAAAUAUGGCUCUGGCCAUAUUCAUUCCUAUCCUCAUCAUCUCUAUACUGCUGGGAAGCGCCUAUAUAUACGUCACCAGGUGCCGAUAUCACUCAAACCUGCGUCUGCCCCUCAUGUCUUCUCAUCCAUACAGUCAGAUCACCGUAGAAACAGCAUUUGACAAUCCCAUCUACGAGAUAGGCGAUACCAGGGAAUACGAAGUUUCCAUAUGAAUAACCCCAUGGAGGGGGCAGAAAGAAUGAGAUUCCUGCCAUCAGCCAGAGUCUUCCCAGUGCACACCCCAGAGAAUGAUGCUCCUCUCUGCUUUCUGAUCCAAAACAGAAGUUACUGACAUUCCAGACUCAGCACGCCCCAUAAAUGUAUCGCACCCAGCCGUGUUUGCUGAAAAGGGAUCCUGACAGCUCAAUGUGAGAAAAGCCCCAUAAAAUUCUCCAAAAAUACAUUGUUGAAUUGUUUAGGUAACCUCAGAAUUUUUAAUAAGAAGGAGAAAUGAAGUAUUUGAAAGAGACCAAAACAGAAUUUCGGCCAAAGCAAUUUCACAAUGUCUACAUUUUGGUCUGAAGAAGUACGUCAUGUGAUUUUCAAAGAAAUAUUCCUUGAGGCUUCUGUGAGCUUGCUGACUGGAAAGAGCUACACUCUGUCCCAAAGAAGCUCAGCUAACUCUAACAGAGAGUAAUUGUAAGAGUUACUGUUCCGAGCAGUCCUUUGCAAAUUAUCACCCUGGCACAAUACACAUGUGGAAGUAGACACCCUCCAGCUUUAACAUUACCGCCAUAGACAGGAGCAAAGAGAAUCCAAAGUGACAGUCCCUUCCAUUGAGCAUGAAGUUAGGGAAUGUCACAUGUUCUUUGAAAAAUAUAACCUCAAUGAAUAUUUUUUGCAACUCUGUUUUGACAUUGGUUCAGCACUUUGAACAAAAAGUAUUCCUUUCUUUUAAGUCUCUGGUAAAGACGGGCCUUUCAAUGGGCAAUUUGCUUGACAAUUCUUUUCUAAAUGUCCCCUUUUUGCCUAACUGUACACAAUCCCGUGUACGCACUUUCCCUGUAAAUAUGUAUACGCAGGCACAUACAUGUGUACACAUGCAUGUACUGUAUGUCUGUGUAUAUUCAUUAAACAGCAUAUGUGUGUGAUGUGCAACUGUGCAUGUAUAUCCUUACUGUACAUCUGCAGAAUUCAUGCAUACUUGUGCUAAAAAACACAUUUUGUAUUGGUGCAUCUGUUUACAUUUACCCUCCUCAUGUAAGCAAAAUGCAUUACACCAGCACACCCGCAUUGUGCAGCAUUUUCUGCAUUUACCUCUUGCUAAUUAUAUAUGAAGAGUUUUAUUCUGUUGGUAAAGUUGCACAGGAGAAUUCUACUUUAGUUGCACUAGUCAUUGUGAUCAGUCACAAAAGGUACAAAUAUUUCUCCCUGUGCUCCAGAUGUAAAAUAUUAAGUAGCAAAUAUUUCAGAGCAGCAAAGGUUCUGCCAAAUAAUGAAGGAAAUUUAAACACUGAGUAGCUUAAGCCAUUUGUUUCAGGAGUCUGGGGUUUUGAUCCUCGGUUUGUGCUGUGCUAGCUGAUCUCAGUGUGAGUGAGAGGUACUAAUAUUGUUUUCAUUUUCCUCAUAAUUAGCAAGUGAAGUUGAAGGGGUUUGGUUGGGGAACAAUAAUCUGUGAUUUUCACUUUUGAUCAUAGUCUGUAAUCACAGGAAAAUGACUAUUGGAAUGAGUAAGCUGCCAUCUUGUACAGUUCUGUUCACUGCAUCAGAUGCAGUUCAGAGAAGGUUUAGAACAUAGAACAUAGAACAGUACAGCACAGAACAGGCCCUUCAGCCCACAAUGUUGUGCCGACCAUUGAUCCUCAUGUAUGCACCCUCAAAUUUCUGUGACCAUAUGCAUGUCCAGCAGUCUCUUAAAUGGCCCCAAUGACCUUGCUUCCACAACUGCUGCUGGCAACGCAUUCCAUGCUCUCACAACUCUCUGUGUAAAGAACCCGCCUCUGACAUCCCCUCUAUACUUUCCACCAACCAGCUUAAAACUAUGACCCCUUGUGCUAGCCAUUUCUGCCCUGGGAAAUAGUCUCUGGCUAUCAACUCUAUCUAUGCCUCUCAUUAUCUUGUAUACCUCAAUUAGGUCCCCUCUCCUCCUCCUUUUCUCCAAUGAAAAGAGACCAAGCUCAGUCAACCUCUCUUCAUAAGAUAAGCCCUCCAGUCCAGGCAGCAUCCUGGUAAACCUCCUCUGAACCCUCUCCAAAGCAUCCACAUCUUUCCUAUAAUAGGGUGACCAGAACUGGACGCAGUAUUCCAAGUGCGGUCUAACCAAAGCUUUAUAGAGCUGCAACAAGAUCUCACGACUCUUAAACUCAAUCACCCUGUUAAUGAAAGCCAAAACACCAUAUGCUUUCUUAACAACCCUGUCCACUUGGGUGGCCAUUUUAAGGGAUCUAUGUAUCUGCACACCAAGAUCCCUCUGUUCCUCCACACUGCCAAGAAUCCUAUCCUUAAUCCUGUACUCAGCUUUCAAAUUUGACCUUCCAAAAUGCAUCACCUCGCAUUUAUCCAGGUUGAACUCCAUCUGCCACCUCUCAGCCCAUCUCUGCAUCCUGUCAAUGUCCCGCUGCAGCCUACAACAGCCCUCUAUACUGUCAACGACACCUCCGACCUUUGUGUCAUCUGCAAACUUGCUGACCCAUCCUUCAAUCCCCUCAUCCAAGUCAUUAAUAAAAAUUACAAACAGUAGAGGCCCAAGGACAGAGCCCUGUGGAACCCCACUCACCACUGACUCCCAGGCAGAAUAUUUUCCUUCUACUACCACUCGCUGUCUUCUGUUGGCCAGCCAAUUCUGUAUCCAAGCAGCUAAGUUCCCCUGUAUCCCGAUUGGACUAGUACCUGGAAUGGGCAGACUGUCUAAUGAGGAAAGGCCAUUCAGACUAGAUUUGUAUCCUCUGGAGGUCAGGAGAGUCAGAGAUGAAUUAAUUCAAACAUUAAAUUGUGAGGGUACAUGGCUGGGUGUUGAAAGGAUGUUUUCUGUUGUGGGAAAACCUAGAACUCGGGGUCAUUUAAAAAUAAAGAGUCACCCAUUUAAACUACAGAUGUGGAAACUUUUUUUCUCUCUAGAGGGUUGUGAAUCUUUUCGAAUUCCAUUCCUUAAAAGGCAGUAGAUGAAGAAUCUCUAAAUGUUAUUUUUACAGCAGAAAUAGAUAGAUUUUUGAUUAUCAAGGGGAUGAAAGUUUAUCUGGAAUGCAGGGCUGUGGGGUUGAGGUUAAAAUCAGCUCAGCCAUGAUCUAAUUGAAUAGUGGAACUGGUUCUAAAGACUGAGUGGCCUAAUCUUGUUUGUUUGUGUGGCAGAAUUUGAAGAAUUGAUGUUUGACUUUAUGGGAUGGUAUCUCUAUUGGAUACUGCUCCAAGGGCAGGAGAAAAUCAGAGGGUAGCAGAUGGAAGGCCGAUCUGCUUCUCUUAUUUAACAUUUCAGAAGAGAAGGAGAAAAAUCGGAAGGAGGAAACUCAGAGACAAUAGGAACUGCAGAUGCUGGAGAAUCCGAGAUAACAAGGUGCGGAGCUGGAUGAACACAGCAGGCCAAGCAGCAUCUUAGGAAACUAUUCUUUUAAAAUAAUCUGUUGCUAUAUAGCUGUACUGCAUGCUGUGUAUGUACAGCAUGCUGUGUGAGCAGCACCUGGCAUCAAUAUAGCACUUUCUUACUGCAACAAACCUGGAACUGCAUUUUAACUAAAUUAGAAACAACUGCGAGGCCAUGACUCACCUUCCACUGUUAAGAGAGAACAUUUAUCUUACAAUUGGCACAGUCGAUUGCCUAGA